UCACAUACAGUGUACCUUGUGCAUGCCCUACCACCAUUUCUCCCAACCCAUAACAGAACUGAACAAAGCUAGCAGUCACUCAUAGGUAGCCACCAUGGACGCGGCCUCGGUGCUUCUCCCCAUCGUCCUGGCGCUGGUGGCGAUCCCGAUCUUGCUGGCGCUACUCGACUGGCUGCGCCUCCCGCCGGGCCCGUGCCCAUGGCCGGUGGUGGGCAACCUACGCCAGAUCAAGCACGUGCGGUGCCGCUGCUUCCAGGAGUGGGCGGAGUGGUACGGGCCAAUCUUCUCCGUGUGGUUCGGCUCCUCCCUCACCGUCGUCGUCUCCACGCCGGAGCUGGCCAAGGAAGUGCUCAAGGAGCACGACCAGCAGCUCGCCAACCGCACCCGGAACCGCUCCACCCAGCGCUUCAGCCGCAACGGCCAGGACCUCGUCUGGGCCGACUACGGCCCGCACUACAUCAAGGUGCGCAAGCUGUGCAAUCUCGAGCUCUUCACACAGAAGCGGCUCGAGGCGCUGCGCCCCAUCCGGGAGGACGAGGUCACUGCCAUGGUCGCGUCUGUCCACCGCGCCGCCAUCGGCCCCGGUAAUGAAGGAAAGCCAUUAGUUGUGAGGAGUCACCUUGCUAUGGUGUCUUUCAACAAUAUAACACGGCUAGUUUUUGGGAAGCGGUUCAUGAAUGCAAAUGGUGACAUUAACGAAGAAGGGCAGGAGUUCAAGAGUAUUGUCAACAACGGGAUAAAAAUAGGUGCAUCUCUCUCUAUUGCUGAAUAUGUUUGGUACUUGAGAUGGCUGUUUCCACUUAAUGAGGAGCUUUACAAGACCCACAAUGAGAGAAGGGAUCACCUGACCAAGAAGAUCAUAGAAGAGCAUGCGAAGGCCCUUAAGGAAAGUGGUGGCAAGCAUCAUUUCGUGCAUGCACUGUUGACUCUCAGAGAACAGUAUGACCUUAGUGAUGACACAGUUUUCGGACUUCUAUGGGACAUCAUCACUACUGGCAUGGAUACAACAGUCAUAUCAGUCGAGUGGGCAAUGGCAGAGCUGGUCAGGUAUCCCAGGGUGCAGAAGAAGCUGCAAGAGGAGUUGGACAGUGUCAUCGGCCGUGACCGCGUCAUGUCCGAGACCGACUUCCAAAAACUGCCGUACUUGCUAGCCGUCGUCAAGGUCGGCGCCUACAACAUCCCAAAGGGCGCUGAUGUCACGGUGAAUGUGUGGGCGAUCGCUCGCAAUCCCGAUGUGUGGAGCAACCCGCUGGAGUACAGGCCGGAGCGUUUCCUGGAGGAGAGCAUUGACAUCAAGGGUGGUGACUUCAGGGUGCUCCCCUUCGGCGCGGGCCGGAGGGUGUGUCCUGGUGCGCAGCUGGGAAUCAACCUCGUGGCCUCCAUGAUCGGGCACCUUCUGCACCAUUUCGAGUGGUCUCUGCCAGAAGGCACCAUGCCGGAGGAUGUUGACAUGAUGGAGUCCCCCGGAAUCGUCACGUUCAUGAGCACGCCGCUGCAGGCUGUCGCCAAGCCGCGCCUGGACAAGGAGGAGUUGUACAACAGGGUCCCGGUUGAGAUGUGAGCAAGGUUUUGAAUUUUGAAUGAUUUUUUUUCUCAUGGGGGACCAAGAUUCCAGGUUACCAUGGUAACCAUGAAAUACCAGACAAAUUACAGGUGAAAUUAAAUAAAAUUUGAAUUCAAAAUUAUGUACCACUUAUAUACAUUAUUAUUGAACUUAAUAUAUUCAGAAACUGUCUGGUUAGGUCCACAUGACCGAGGGUCAAACCAGCGGCCUAUAUAUAAGGUUGGACUCGAUAUGGAAGACCCUAGUUACCACUG